CUCUCUCUCUCGUGUACCCGCCCUAUUUGUCUUCCACCGCCCCCAUCCACUGCAACAUUCAGGCAGGUUCACCCUAAUGUGCUUGUGAAGGCUCGGCGACGCCGCUGCUGUAUUAGGAAAUACUCGGUGAAUCGGGAACGUUCAGAGUAUCAAUCAGCAGCCAAACCUCAAACGACACUUCUGAACUACAGAUCCUGUAGAACAACACGACAAACAUGGCAGAUCCAAUGACCCAAUCUUCUCAGAUUUCGUCGUCGCAAGGCCUAAACGAUGGGCAUUCUGCAUCGUCCAAAGACUCCAAGUUUUCCGAUUCCUUUUUUUCUUCGCCUGUAUCUCUCAUUCAGUCUCCUCAAGACAAAAGAGUGGUACUGGGCUCUGACAAACCUUCAGAAAAUUUGGCCACAUCUCCUCGCUUUUCUUCUCAGUCAAGUUCCUUUUCGCCAGUUGCUUAUGGAAUCGACUCCUCAGGAUCACCUGCUGACAACAUAGAUCGUACCUUCAAAGAGAAACGGGAGCUUUUUGAUUCAUCUUUUGGCUCUCAAAAGCAGGACUCCCCUGUAAAGACAUCACCAGUGUCUGAGAGAAUCAAAGCACUAGAAGCUUUAGCUGCAAAGCAGAAUGAUUUUGAUAGAAGUGAUGGGGGGUUUCCACAUUUUAAAGAGCGUCACUAUGAGAAGUCCCCUACUGAAUCACAUGGAAUUUCCUCCCGCUUGUCCUUUCAGAAAAGGACAACAUCAAAUGAGCAGGAAUCUUCAGAAUUACCUUUCCAGAAAAGGAAAAUGUCAAAUGAGCAGGAAUCUCCCGAAUCACCCUUUCAGAAAAGGACCAUGUCAAAUGAACAGGAAUCUCCAGAAUCGCCCUUUCAGAAAAGGACCAUGUCAAAUGAACAGGAAUCUCCAGAAUCGCCCUUUCAGAAAAGGACCAUGUCCAUUGAACAGGAAUCGCCCUUUCAGAAAAGGACCAUGUCAAAUGAGCAGGAAUCUCCAGAAUCGCCCUUUCAGAAAAGGACCAUGUCAAAUGAGAAGGAAUCUCCAGAUUCACCCUUUGAAGUGCUUGGAGAGGAAAGGCGUGGAAGUGACUUUGAGGACACCGCUGACUGGAUGAGAGCUCACUUACCUCCAGCACCAGAUUUCAACAUUGAAGAUCCUGAUCUUGAUGAGGGAAAUGAUUCUCCCAUGGUGCAAGAGAGCCCAUCCAAAGUGAUGAAACCAAACAAUGUUGAUACAGCAGAAGUUCCAGAAUCUUUUGCAGGAGUUCCUGAUCAGUUUAUGGACAGUCCCAUCAAAGUGCCAGAUGACAUCAUUCAGUCAAAGGAUGAUGACAGCAAGCAAUCAAAACAAGAGAGUGUUGAGGAAGAUUCUGAAUUUGACCUGAACUUUUUACCAACAGCCUAUAUGUGGGAUAAACAAGAGAAAGCUGAUAUGAGCACUCAAGGCUAUCAGAUAUUCCCUGACAAUCAAGAGCUUCCUUUCUCCCCUGCUCCUCCUGCAGAUUUUGAGUCUCCAUCACCCCCUGUGUCCCAACAGACGGAGCCUAGUUCUACACAACAUUCCAGUGUUUCAAAGGGAAACUUGGAGCCUGCUGAAAUCCAAGAGGUAGACAGCUCUGGGGAGUCAGAUGAUACUGUGAUUGAGGAAACCAUGAGCAUCCCAACAGUGGGAAACAAUGACCUUGACACCAAAACCCACAAGGAAGAGGAGACUGUUCCAAUCACUGAAAAACAGCCAAUGCAGGUACCUAUUAUUAAUGUAAUUGAAACCGAGGAACAAGUUUUAAGUGAUGAUGAGGAACCACUUGAGAUGGAAGCAGAAGAGGAGGAGGAGGAUGAAAAGUGUCAGAUAUUGCAAGGUGACGGCAAAAGGUCACCAGAGCAACAUGACACAGAGGUUCCAGAACAAGUAUCUGUGGAAACUCUACAUGAUGACCAUAAACCUGACCAUGGCAUUUCAUCUCCUACAAAUCAAAAUGACUCUGAUGCUGAGCGCUCUCCUGAACACAAGGUGAUUGAAGAUGAUUAUGAAAGUGGCAUUUUUCUCCAGUCCUCUCCGGACUCUGGAGGCCUGAAUUCAGAGGACUCUCAAGAGCUUAUGCCUCAGAAUUUAGUGACCUUUGAACCCCUUAAAGAGUCAUCCCUUGAUAAAGACCUAGACAAGACUGCAGAAAUACUUUCUGACCUUCCCCCUGACAUCAGUUCCCCCUCAAAUGAGCCCAGUGAUGUAGAGACUUACCUGGAUCAUUACGCCAGUGAAGAGCUUGCUUUAAAAGACCAGCUGAAUUCAUCAUAUUUUAAGGAAAGUAAAAGUGAGAAAACAGAGCUUUCAAAGUCAAGCUGUCCUCAAGAUAAUCAAAAUACCAAUGUUCAGGAAUCCUUUGAACAUAUUCCUGAUGAUUUCAAUGAGACACCCAACGAAUGCAGGCUAGACUAUGAAUCUGUGCCUGAGCCUUCCCUAUCUGACCCUUCAUCUGAUAUUCCUGAUGAUAUUGAGACCGUAGUCCCUCAAAACGAAAUGCCAAGUGUUGAUUCAGAAGAUCAAAAGUCAUCAGUAGAAAUCAAGUCUUCAGUCUUGCAGGAACAGGAGGAGUUGCCAGUCCAGUCCGUUGAUCCACAGCCACCAGUUCAAGAGAACCCACUUGCACCAUUUCCCUCUUUUCACAAUGAGCAGUCUAGCAAAAUCAGUGAAGAUAUUUCUGGCCCUGUGGCAAAUGAGGUUACUGAGGGAUCGGUGAUAACCAAGUCUGAACCUCGAGUUGUGCCCACCAAAGAUCUUUUAGAUAGACCGGAUUCUCCAGAGACCCUAAGUGAUACAGAGACGUUUGAACCAGAAUGUUCAGUAACAGCAGCGACUGACAGCUUCGUGGAGUUCAUGAGGGAGUGUCUUAAGUCACGGCAGGAUGAGGAACCUGAGGUCCUCAGUCCCGGACACAAAACUAUAGACCAGAAUCCCAAAUCUGAUGCUCCUGCUUCCACUCAAUCCUCUCCAGCUAUGAUCAUGGACUUGGAGCAGGAGCGCCUCACAAUUUCUGCUUUGAAAGAGCUCGGGAGCAGCCAAGAGGACGAAGACAAGGAUAUUCCCACUAUGAAGACUGUCCUAAAGCCUGAUAACGCUCCAUUUCCUACACCUACACCUAGACCUGAGGCCUCAGUCACCUCAUCUUCUCACACUCUUCAAAACAAGUAUCAGCCUGAUGCCUUACUUCCCAAAGAGGUAGAGGCAAUCGACAUUUGGGUAGCAGAGGCCUACCACCUUGCAGAGCAUGUCUUGACAGCAAUACUAACCCAUCUUACAGUGAAUGACCUGGUGCACUGGCGGGACCCUAAGAAGUCAGGUGUGGUGUUUGGCGUGUCGCUGCUGUUGCUGCUUUCUCUGGCAGCGUUUAGCGUGAUCAGCGUGGUCUCCUACCUGCUGUUGGCCCUGCUCUGUGUCACCAUCUCUUUCCGCAUCUACAAAUCUGUCAUCCAGGCUGUGCAGAAGUCCAGCGAUGGACAUCCCUUCAAGGCUCUGAUGGAGAAAGAUGUCAGCGUGCCCCCCGAGACCUUUCGCAAGCACGUGGAUUCCUGUCUCACCCACGUCAACCGUGUGCUCAAGAAGAUGAGCCGCCUCUUUCUGGUCGAGGAUCUGGUGGAUUCCCUCAAGCUGGCAGUGGUUAUGUGGCUGCUGACAUAUGUUGGAGCGGUCUUCAAUGGCAUCACUAUCCUCAUCCUCGCUGACAUCCUGCUCUUCAGUGUACCGCCCAUUUAUGAGAAAAACAAGACCCAGAUUGACCGUUACAUUGACAUUGCACGCACUCAAGUCAACACUACAAUUGCCAAGCUACAAGAGAAACUCCCAGGAGCCAUGAAGCGCUGUAAAGCAGAAUGAUCCUCCUCUCCGAUCCCUCGUUACCAUGUUUACCAUCCUUCUAUCUUUAGCCGCCUCCCCUUACACUAAGCCCCACCCCUUUCCCUCUCUUCCCCUGUUUAACCCCACACCUUAAAACAAAACCAUCUGCACUGAACCAGCUAGUAUGUAAAAUCUAAAAAGCUUCUUGAUAUUCAAUGUUAACUCUGCAGCUUAUUAAUGAGCAUUAGGAAAAGAAGCUCGGGGCUCCAGGAGCUGGUGUUUUUCAACACAGGAAGUGAUGUAAUGCUACUGGAUGCCCGUUUUGAAGGCCGGUGCACGGAAGGAUUUGUGAACUAGACUGAACCUAUGACCUGGUUUUGAGUGUUGGGUUGGGUGAUGCUGUAGUAAUGAAUAAAGACAGGUGUUUGACUCAAAAGCAAAUGUCUGUACUUUUCAAAAAAAAAAAAAAAGAUCAUUUCACUGAAAAAUGCUGACAAAAAAAUUCAUAAAUAAAUAAACAAAACAAAAAAAGAGAGAGAGAGAGAACCUUAUGAAACAUACUUUCCCCCCCUCUUUGUUCUUCGAAAAAUGUGUACGUAUUCAUCUGAAAUGCACUGAACCGUUCUAGACUUGCACGUUUUGAACUGUCAGGAUGGAUUGGGACGCUACCAGCAGUGAUAAUUCGGUCUAGUUCACUCUCCUCCCUGUUAUUGGCGCAAUUUUUAAUUUUGUGUAUGUAUAUAUAGUUCGAUUACAACAGGCUCUUUGCUGUGAAGUAGUUAGUGUUGCUUUUUAUAUUUAAAAAAACAAAUAUACAGCUCUUAUAUUUGUCUCUUUCGCACCUCUCUCGCACUCAGUCAUCUGAGUUGAGUUCACAUGUAAAUGUUAUUAUUAUUAUUACUCUUCAGAUAAUAGUUAUUAUAUUAUAUCCCAAUUAGGAUGGCUGCUUUAAGUCCCCUGUCUGACAUUGGCUUCGUAACAAUAAAUAUUAAUAACCUUAAGAUUGAGUUUUAUGUAUAGGAUCGUCAGAGCACCAGAAUAUAGGAGAGGAAGGCAAUAACUUUCUGCUUGAUGUGAUGUUGGCCCCACAAGUCAUCGAUUUUUGUUGAAACGGGGCCAGUGCCCAUCAUUUAUGUCAUUUAGAAAAGUAAGACUCUUUUUUUUUUUUUUUUUGUCAGCAUUUCGGGGCAUUGUUUACCACCUUGGGCACUGAAGAAGUUUAAAUAUUUAAAAAGGCUGCAAAGAACUAUUAUUUAAGCUGGAUAAUUACACUUACUAAUCACAUGUGGUAACACUGAAAGUCGAAACCCCACUGUAAAGACUGUUGGCUUUUAGGAUACAACUACAACGGUGAGUUUAUUUCUUAAAGGGAAAGGGUAGCAUAGUAAAAAUAGCUUCAGGUUGGGCCGCUCUGUUUGAAAGCAGCGUCAGUCCGCGCAAAAACUACUCGAAUGCAUUUAUGUGCACAGUUACGACGUGAUAAAUGAAUUAUCUACCAUAUAUCAAGUUGCAUUCAUAUUACUUUUCUUACUGCAUAGUCUGUCAGCUCCUGAUGGUUUUAUUGCAUUGUUCGCUUAACAUUCCAGCUGAUGCAGUUGGAAGCAUGUCCAAAUUGGAAAAUUGAAGUUUUAACUCUAAAACGUUCCAUCACAUUUUAAAAGUUUGUUCUGUGAUUAUUGGCCCCUUUCUAAUAUACUUUGAUUUCUCUCUCACCCUUUUUGUGUUGUAUGCAUGUUUACACACAUGAUCAGAUUCAGACGGAAGUGUCUUAUCAUUGUGUUGCUUAACUAGCAUGUUCUACAGUCGAGAUCACAUGUGCAGUGUUGCUUUCGAAGAACAGGUCAAGCUCUGACAAUUUGCAUUACCACAUUGUUUUCUUCGAGUUUAAGGGUAAAUUAUAACUAUAACUAAUUUUUUAAGAGAUGCAAACCUCUCUGUUUAAGUUCUUCGUCUUAUUAUCUGCUCUCUUCUCUUCUGAGGUUCAGUUUAAUAUUUGGUUUUUUUUUUUUUUUAACUUAUUCCUGUAGUAUCUUAGCAUGUUUGCUGUUUCUUCUUUCCUGUGUUUCUCUCUGAGAAGGGUUGACGGAGGUCACAUUCUUUUUGCUUUUGAUUCUUGAAGACUAGAUGUGAUGACUAACAUCUACAUUCAGUUUGUUAGUUUUGAAUUAAGUUAAUAUGUGGGAUCUUUUGGGGGGGAAAAGAUGCAAACAGGAAAACUUGUGGUCCCUGUAAUGAUGUCAAAGUGAACUUAAUAAAAAUGCCAAAAGCA